AUGGAAUUGAAUUACGAUAAUCUAUUAAAGGUGCUAACAGUAGCUAAUGAUUCGGAGAGAAAUUCAUAUCAGCAGGAUGCGGAGUCUCAAUUAAAAUCUUGGGAAUCGCAUCCUGGCUACCAUUAUUUGCUACAGGACAUCUACCUCAAGACCGAACUACCAUUGCAGAUAAGAUGGUUAGCCAUUAUAUGCUUCAAGAAUGGUGUCGAAAAGUACUGGAGAUCUUCGAGGUCUAAUGCAAUUAGCAAAGAGGAAAAAGCACAGAUCAAGGCAAAACUUUUUUGCGUCCUUCAUGAAAAGAAUAAUCAGCUAACCAUUCAAAAUGCACAUUCAACUGCACGUAUUGUGAGAUUUGAUUUCCCUGGAGAAUGGCCCUCAUUAUUUGACGAUAUAACUAAGAAUUUGGAAGAAUUUGUCUUCCAGAAAAAUGAUCUUGUAUCGACGAACAAUUUGCUCAUCAUAUUGAAUCAAAUCAUCAAAACAGUGUCUAUGGUUAGAAUUGGAAGAGCAAGACAUGCGAUGCAAAGUAAGGCACCUAUAAUUGUUCCAAUGUUGAUCAAACUAUAUUUAAAAUUCUUUCUGGACUUCACAAGUACGUUAAAUUUAGGUUUAAUGGAAAUCUGCUAUCUCUGCUUGAAAAACUUAAGAAGGCUUAUUCCUGAGGGAUUUGAGCAACCUCAUAAAAACCAAGACAUUGUAGAAUUUUUGAAAAUAACUGUUGAGCAUUUGCAAGCUUUGAUUAUGGAGCAUGAAAAAUACUCAUCAGACCUAUUGGAGAGAUACGGUAAGUGCUACAGCAAGUUAUAUGUAAACUUGAUUAAUAAUAAUCCAACAAGUUUUAUAUUGUUGCCUUGUUCGCAAAAUAUAAUGUCUACCUUUUUAUCUUUAUUGGAGCUGAAAGCCCAAGUUAUUUAUAAUAGUAAUGAAGAAAAUGAUUUUUGGGAAACUCUAGCAUUAAAGGGUUUCAGUAUUUUGAAGAAAAUGAUAACAUAUAUUUAUAAGAAAGGUGCUAUAACUUUGAAACAAAGAAAUGACAAAGAAGAAGUGCAGAAUGCAAUUAAUAAACUUUCUCAGAAGUUUUUUACCACUAACGUAGUUCAGCAUUUAUGUGACUUGAUUAUAAAUUGGUAUCUUAGAUUGAAACCUUCAGACUUGGAGAGUUGGCUUUUAGAACCAGAGGAAUGGUGUAACGAAGAAUUAUCUUCAAGCUGGGAGUUCCAAAUAAGACCAUGUGCUGAAAAUUUCUAUCAGGACUUGAUAAAGUAUUUCAGAGACGAUUUAUCUGGAUUUAUUUUGAAUAAAUUAUCAAAUGGGUUAAUGAAUAAUGAAUCAACUGACGAUAUUUUAAUAAAAGAUUCAAUUUUAUGCACAUUUCAAUUAUCGGCUAGUUCUAUUGCAGACAAUGUUGAUUUCGAUAAGCUUUUGCGAGAUAUCCUCAUUCCGGAAGGGUUAAGAAAUGAUCUGACCGAUUGUAAAGUUUUGAAAAGAAGAAUUUGUUUAAUUAUAAGUGAGUGGGCAUUAAUUAAGUGCUCAGCUGAAAGCCGAGUUUCUAUUUAUAAAUUACUUAUUACUUUUUUGCAGCCUGACAAUAAAAUCAAUGAUAAAGUUGUCAAAUUAACCGCAAUACAAACACUCAGAAUUGUCAUUGAUGAUUGGGAUUUCAAUAAACUUGAUUUCCAACCAUUUUUGCAAGAAUUUGUUGGCCUUUCAAUUAACAUCUUAACAGAGAUGAACUUCACUGAAUCGAAAUUGUACGUCUUAAACACGUUAGCUAUAUUAAUAGCAAGGUUCAAUCCAUUAAUAGAUCAUAAUACAUUAAUCCGUAUUCUCUCAGUCAUUCCCGAUUACUGGAAUUCUUCAGAAAGUGAAAAUGAGUCAAUAUUAAAAAAUUCUUUAUUAAGGAUAUUGAAGAAUUUGGUUAUCUCUUUGAAUGAUAAUUCGUUUGAAACAUAUUCAAUUGCCAUACCAUUGAUUCGUAAUUGUUGUUCUGAAAAUUCGGAUCUUUAUUCGUUAUUAUCUGAAGACGGCUAUGACUUAUGGUUAGCUCUUUUGCAAUAUUGUCCAAAUUCGCAAGUUAAUAAUAGUGAAAUAUUGAGAUUAUCUGAAUUAAUUCAGUUUGGGUUAGUUAAUUCAACUGAGAUACUUCCAGUAAUUUUGUCCAUCACUAGAAGCUACGCAUUAAUUUCGCCAGAUUUAUUUAGAGGCGAUUUAGGAUUAGAAUUAUUCAGAAUUUUAUCAGGCUAUAUGUCCAAUAUGAGGGAUGAUUCAUAUUCAAUAUUUGUUUCUUUUAUGGACGUUUUAUUUUUGAGGGAAAUUCAGGAUGAGUCCUUUGUUAAUAUUCUUAUUUCCAGUGGACUUUUCAAUGCAAUGUUAAAUUACUCCUUGGAUCCAAAUCAGUCCAUUGUCUCUGCUAACAAAAUGUUUUUGGUCUUCUCUAGAUUGGCCUACAAGUCGGGUGAAGCCUUCUUGCAAAUUUUAGAUCAUUUAUCUAUUGACUCUUCUAGGUUCCUAGACACUUGGUUAGAGUAUUACAACCGUAAUGGAAACCCGCGUAAUAAAAAGAUUAAUUUGUUAGGAUUGCUUUCCCUAAUUUCUGAUGCCAUCCCAAAAAAGAACGAAGCUGUUUCGCUUAAAUUUGCUGAUAUUACUAAACGAGCUUUACUAUUCUUAGAAGAAAUUAAUGAAACUGUGGAUGGAAAUUGCAUGGCUUAUAAUCAGGAUUUCGUUUAUGAAGACAUUGAUGAAUAUUGUUAUUUAGAUCCUAACAUCAAACCACAUGGAGAAAAGAUAAGAUAUCAGAUUUUGCUUAAUGAGAAUGAUCCAGUUUACAAAAUAAAUGUUAGAAAUUUCUUAGUUGAAGUAAUAAACAGGUUACGAGCAACCCUACAGGAAUCUGACUUCAAUCAAUUAAUGACAAUGAAUGAUCAAUAUUCACUUGAAAGAUUACAAUCUUUAGUACCUAAUUAG